AUGUCGCCCCAGCCAACUCCGACCACGAGCGACCCAGACCACGUCCGCUUCAUUCGCCUCGCCCUCACCGAGGCCCGCAAGUCGGUCCACGUCGACACGGCCUUCUGCGUCGGCGCCGUCGUCGUCUCGGCCCCGCACCACCCGACCCGACCACACGACGUCCUCGCGACCGGCUACUCGCGCGAGCUGCCGGGCAACACGCACGCAGAGCAGUGCGCACUCGACAAGCUCGCCCAGGCCGCCGCCCCUGCCGCCUCGUCCCCUCCCUCGACCUCGAACCCGUCCUCGUCCUCCUCGCUCGACUCUCUCCUCGACGGCGCGAGCAUCUACACCACCAUGGAGCCCUGCUCGACCCGCCUAAGCGGCAACGUCCCCUGCGUCCAGCGCGUCCUCGACUCGCCCAUCCAGCGCGUCUUUGUCGGCGUCCUCGAGCCGAGCGAUUUCGUCGAGUGCGAGGGGAUCCGGUUGCUCAGGGAGGCCGGCAGGGACGUGUGGGUCGUCGUCGACCCAGAGGACCCGGACCUCGGUGACGAGUGCUUGCGGGUCGCGCGAGGGGACAAGUAGCCAAGCCGAGCUGGAACGACGAGACAGAUCCUCGCCC